GUUGGUGUGAGACUUAUUGUUCAAGAUGGAUGUGUGAUCAUAGAUAAUAACAUUCUCCAGUUGAAUCUAUCGAACCCGGGUGGGAUUGUGAUGGGAGUUCGAUAUAAUGGUAUUGAUAAUCUAAUGAAAGCUGAUGAUGAAGAAAAUAGUGGAGGGUAUUGGGAUAUUAUCUGGGGUGGAACUGAAGUCUUCGGUGUAUUUGAUAGGAUAAAAGAAACAGAAUUUACAAUAAUACUUCAAAGUGAAGAGCAGGUAGAAGUUUCAUUCAAAAGAAUAUGGACUCCAUCCCACAAUGAGACGCUUGUCCCCUUAAACAUAGAUAAAAGAUUUGUGAUGCUCCGUGGUAGCUCAGGAUUUUACACCUAUGCAAUCUUGGAACACCAGGAUGGAUGGCCUGAUUUUGGUAUAGGGGAAAUGAGGGCUGCUUUCAAACUUCGCAAAGACAAGUUUCAUUAUAUGGCAAUGUCAGACACCAGGCAGAGAAUCAUGCCUAUGCCUGAUGACCGCAUGUCUGAAAGAUCUCAGCAGUUAGCAUACCCUGAGGCUGUUCUCCUCACCAAUCCAAUUAAUCCAGAACUGAAAGGAGAAGUGGAUGACAAGUAUCAAUACUCCUGUGAAGAUCAAGACAAUAAGGUCCACGGAUGGAUAAGUUCGGAUCCUCCAAUUGGAUUUUGGCUAAUCACUCCUAGUGAUGAGUUCCGAACAGGAGGGCCUAUGAAGCAAGAUCUAACCUCUCAUGUUGGUCCCACGACCCUUGCUAUGUUUAUUAGUUCUCACUACCAUGGAGAAUCACCUAAAUUCAGGAAUGGAGAGUACUGGAAAAAAGUUUUUGGCCCUGUGUUUCUUUACCUUAAUUCUGCUUCGAAUGGAGAAGAUCCAAAAACACUCUGGCAAGAUGCAAAAAUGCAGAUGCAGAGAGAAGUCGAGAGUUGGCCUUAUAGCUUUCCGGUUUCAGAGGACUUCCAAAAGAGCUCACAAAGAGGUUCUGUUAGUGGUAAAUUACUAGUUCGAGAUAGGUAUAUACAUGGUGAUGACAUAUAUGCAAACGGUGCUUAUGUUGGUUUGGCUUUACCAGGAGAAGCAGGAUCAUGGCAAAGAGAAAGCAAGGGGUACCAAUUUUGGACCAGAGCAGAUGAAAAUGGGAGUUUCACAAUUACAAAUGUUCGAACAGGAGAUUAUAAUCUUUAUGCAUGGGUUCCUGGCUUUAUUGGGGAUUACAGAUAUAAUGCAACUAUAACAAUCACCUCAGGAAAUAUUAUUGAUUUGGGUCCCCUUGUUUAUGAACCCCCAAGAGAUGGUGUCACCUUAUGGGAAAUAGGCAUCCCAGACCGUUCUGCUGCUGAAUUCUAUAUUCCAGAACCAAAUCCUAAAUAUGUCAACAGACUCUACGUCAAUGAUCCAGCUGAUAGAUUUAGGCAGUAUGGCCUAUGGGAGAGAUAUGUAGAUCUAUAUCCAUACAGCGAUCUUGUUUAUACAAUUGGUAAAAGUGACUAUGAAGAAGAUUGGUUCUUUGCUCAAGUUACCAGGAAGAUUGAUGAGAAAUUGUAUCAGCCAACGACGUGGCAGAUUAAGUUUCAUCUUGAUAGUGUUAAUCAAUCUAAAAGUUACAAACUUCGAGUAGCACUUGCGUCUGUUGCUCAUUCUAAACUACAAGUUCGUUUUAACAACUUGAAAGCAGAUCCUACUCACUUUACAGCGAAUCCGAAUGGUAGGGACAAUGCGAUUGCGAGACAUGGAAUCCAUGGAUUGUAUUGGUUGUACGAUAUCACUGUAUCAAAUAUUUGGCUUGUUCAAGGUGAUAAUACGAUAUUUAUCACUCAACCUAUGAGCCAAAGCCCUUUUUCGGGUAUUAUGUAUGACUACAUCCGCAUGGAAGGACCCUCAGACUCUUAA